GAGCACGGAGCAGCGGCGGCGGCGCGGCCGAGGGUCUCCCCGCGCUGCGCGCAGCCAGCUGCGCCGCCGCCAGCCGGGGCGGGUCGGCCGGGCCGAGCCGAGCCGAGGUGUUGUGAAAUGAGCAGAGAUGAAUUUUAUUUGAACUAAGCUGAAGGAAGAAGGAUAGUCAUCUGGCUAGAACGCUGGUCUUGAUCAAGAAACAAGAUAGAAAAUGGUCGGCUGUGGAACUCUAUUGUGAAGACCUCAGAAGAAAUAUCAAUUUUUCCAGUCAGCUUUUCAUAAUGUAAAUAUAGUUUGAGCUUUCCCCAAUGGGCAGCUAAGCCAUGAACAAGCAGAAAAAAACACUUUGGACUGUGUUUCUGAACCAGGCUUCACCUUCCAUCCUGGAAACUUACUAAAGGAUUACAGCUGAAAAAUACCAGAGAAAGAAAACCUUGAACCAGGAAGUUUAUCCUACAAUGAGAAUUACAAGUACAUCUUGUAUCUGUCCAGUCCUAGUUUGUCUCUGUUUUGUGCAGAGGUGUUAUGGAGCUGCUCACCAUGGCUCCAUCAAGGUGACUAGGAAUCAAACCAAACACACAGAAGGUGAAACAGAAGUGCAUCAUCGUCCCAAGCGUGGAUGGGUGUGGAAUCAGUUCUUUGUUUUAGAAGAACACAUGGGACCAGAUCCUCAGUAUGUAGGAAAGCUACACUCCAAUUCCGACAAAGGUGAUGGAUCAGUCAAAUACAUUCUUACUGGAGAAGGGGCAGGGACUAUAUUUAUUAUCGAUGACACGACGGGAGACAUCCAUUCAACCAAAAGCCUAGAUCGAGAGCAGAAGACGCACUAUGUGCUUCAUGCCCAAGCUAUUGAUAGACGGACAAACAAGCCACUCGAGCCUGAAUCUGAAUUUAUUAUCAAAGUGCAGGAUAUCAACGACAAUGCACCAAAAUUUACAGAUGGACCAUACAUUGUUACUGUGCCAGAGAUGUCCGAAAUGGGUACAUCUGUUCUACAGGUGACAGCCACAGAUGCAGAUGACCCUACAUAUGGAAACAGUGCCCGAGUGGUAUAUAGUAUUCUUCAGGGACAGCCAUAUUUCUCUGUUGACCCUAAAACAGGAGUCAUCAGGACUGCCUUGCACAACAUGGACAGGGAAGCCAGAGAGCAUUAUUCCGUUGUCAUUCAAGCCAAAGAUAUGGCUGGGCAGGUCGGAGGGCUGUCAGGGUCAACAACUGUCAAUAUCACACUCACUGAUGUCAACGACAACCCACCCAGGUUUCCUCAGAAACAUUACCAGCUCUAUGUCCCUGAAUCAGCUCAAGUUGGAUCAGCAGUUGGCAAAAUUAAGGCGAAUGAUGCAGACACUGGCUCAAAUGCAGACAUGAAGUACACAAUCAUAAACGGUGAUGGCUCUGGUGUGUUCUCCAUAUCCACUGACAAAGAAACACGGGAAGGAAUUCUUUCCCUUAAGAAGCCGCUCAACUAUGAAAAAAAGAAAUCCUAUACACUUAAUAUAGAAGGAGCUAAUACUCAUCUUGACUUCCGCUUUUCACACUUGGGACCGUUUAAGGAUGUAACAAUGCUGAAGAUCAUUGUUGGCGAUGUGGAUGAACCUCCACUCUUCACUAUGCCUUCUUAUGUCAUGGAAGUUUAUGAAAAUGCAAAGAUCGGGACUGCUGUUGGCACAGUAACAGCACAAGAUCCUGACACAGCCAACAGUUUAGUGAGAUAUUUCAUUGAUCAUAACACAGAAGAAGAUAGGUAUUUCACCAUUGAUGCUAGCACUGGGACCAUUAAGACUGCCAAGAUCUUUGACAGAGAGGAAACACCUCGGUACAACAUCACGGUGGCUGCUUCUGAGAUAGACAACCCUGGGCUAGUGAGCCGUGUUCCAGUUGGCAUUAGAAUCCUGGAUGUCAAUGACAACCCUCCAGAACUCGCCAGAGAGUAUGAGAUAAUUGUCUGUGAGAAUGCAAAGCCUGGUCAGGUAAUUCAGACUAUCAGUGCAACUGACAAAGAUAACACUGCAAAUGGGGCAAGAUUCCAUUUUUCUCUUGAUGAAGGGCCUUCUUUGAAUCCCAACUUUACUCUAAGGGACAAUGAAGAUAACACAGCCAGUAUCCUGACAAGACGAAGGAGGUACAGUCGAACCACUCAAGAUGUCUACUACCUCCCAGUUUUGAUUUCUGAUGGUGGAACACCGCCUCUUAGCAGCAGCACCACUGUCACCAUUAGGGUUUGCGCAUGUGAAAGAGAUGGACGCGUGAGGACUUGCCAUGCCGAAGCCUUCCUCUCCUCUGCUGGCUUGAGCACAGGAGCUCUAAUUGCAAUCCUGCUCUGUGUUGUCAUUCUUCUUGUUUUCUCUUUAGCAAUUGUGGUCCUUUUCAUCACCCUAAGACGUAGCAAGAAGGAGCCCUUGAUCAUUUCAGAAGAAGACGUCCGGGAAAAUGUUGUCACGUAUGAUGAUGAGGGUGGUGGAGAAGAAGACACUGAAGCAUUUGACAUCACAGCACUGCGAAAUCCAUCAGCUGCUGAGGAGCUAAAAUAUCGGAGGGAUAUUCGUCCUGAAGUGAAGCCCGUGCCCAGACAUCAGCCCUCUUCAAGCCUUGACAGUAUAGAUGUUCAGGAAUUCAUUAAACAAAGACUGGCAGAGGCUGAUCUGGACCCCAGCGUGCCUCCAUAUGACUCCCUACAGACAUACGCCUAUGAGGGUCAUAGAUCAGAAGCUGGCUCUAUCAGCUCUCUAGAUUCAGUGACAACACACUCUGACCAGGAUUAUAAUUACCUUGGAGACUGGGGGCCUGAGUUUAAGCAGCUAGCUGAACUCUAUGGGGAAAUAGAAUCAGAAAGAACAACUUAGUUGUAAUUCUAAGAACAGAGAAGUUCCUCGACAACUGGAGAUAUAAGAACAGCACCAGUAACAAUAAAUGAAUACCGCACUUGGAACUGAACAAGUUGUACACAGUUACUGUAGAAACAAGUGCCCUUUUCAUAUUUGAAGCUGGGUUCUUCAAUUGGAAGAAAGUCAAAUUUUGAAAAAUACAGAAAAAAUAAGCUAUUGUCCCUUGUGUAUAUUUUUUAAUUGCUCAAUAAAGUCCGUGGUACCGUAUCUGUAACAAUACCUAAAGUAAGCCAAGCAAUGACAUCUUUAUUGCAAUAUGCUUAACAUCUCAGAGCUACUACAGUAAGUCAUGCCUGUUUAGGAAGAUAGCUCAUGGAAGAGCAAAUCUAUUGCAGAUGGUUGUGACAUUGCAUUUCUAGCUGUUCUCUAGGCCUUGUUUGAUCCCAGUAUGUGGUAGCCAAUGGGGUUUCCUACCAAUGUGAGAAGUCCUAGAAGUCUGUUCCUUUACAGAAGGAAUAUAUUACAAAUGUCUUCUCAAAUAAACAGUAUGUUGUUAUAGGCCCCUGUUUGCAUCAAUUUCAUCUUACUGAAUUAGCAGGUUACAUUGAGAAUAUGUCAUUUCAUUAUAUUCUUCAUAGUCUUUUCCUCCCUAGCCAGCUAAUGGAGCAAGGGCAUAAUUAGCUGUGUGAGCCAACAUGGCUCCAGCCCAUAAUCCCAGGCCUGCUCUGUUCCUGAGCGCUAGAGGAACUGUUGUGUCUAGCAUGUGAGUGCUUUUUCUUUUUGUCUUUUCACAGGAAUAUCAUUCAUCUAACUGGAAUGGGUCCGAAGUAUUCUUUAUGCAGCGAAGCAGAUGAAGCAUGGGCUCUUUCAAUAAGAACAGCAAUGGCAGUACCAUUAAACUAUGCAGUUGCUUGCUUCACUGUGCUUCACUUAGGUCAAUAGAUGAUGCUUUUGAAGUCUUCUGCUGCUUUGAGUCCAGAAGCUACAACAGUUAAUUGAUGGCCCAGAGUUCAUAAUUGUAAUGUCUCUCUAUUUCCAAGUGUGACUAAAAGCAAAAUAGAGCUGCUGGUAAGAUACUGGAAUAGAGAUGAUUGAAACAACAAGGAAUUUAAGAUGAUGUUGCUUCUUAAUUUUGACUUCAAUUUGAUUUAGUUCAAUUAAUUUCUGUCAAUGUAAUUUCUCUCUAAGCAAGCUUUUUUCUCCUUGUUUCAAGCAUUAUGAGAACAGGAAUAUAUUUUAAGUCAGUUGAGGGAGGAAAAAUUAAAUGUAGAAGUGCCAUUACUGGGGUUUCUAUUGAUCCCAUCUGUUAGUAAUUUCUUAGCAUUGCAGAACUUGUUCCUUAGGCUGCUUAACACCUAUUUAUGAAUUUUUUACUCUGUGGACCGGUGUGGAGUAGUAACAGAUCUGUACACUCCACUAGAUUCCUCCCUAUGCAUCUAAGGUGUUGCUUUCCUUCAGCUUAGAAGAGAAGGGAGUGCCUCUUUCUCAGGGCAGGAUCUGACCUGUGGUGGGCCACACAAGUGAACCAGAAUUGUAUUUAACCUUUCCUUCUUUACUGUAUGGGGGUAGGGGCCAGAGGCAGGUGCCACGUGUGACUGGAAUGUUGCAUCAACCCAUUUGAAAUUAAUCUUACUUUGAGGAUUUUUAUUUAUUAAGCACUCCCUGUGAUUUUGUUGAUUCCUUUUGGUUUACACAGCUUGCUGAAAAGUAAGCAGGUAGCUUUGAGAGAAACUUUUCAAACUCCAGAAAGUAUUUGUUGCACUGUACUUCCAGAAUUGUUUUUUACCACACUGUUUUUUCUGUGUUCUUUUCCCAAAAUGAAACAAAUGAAUUUGUGUAAAACAUGUAACAUAUAGUAACCUACAACUUUAAAAAAAGAAUUACAAGCUUUGGGAACUUUGCCAUUUGAAAAUUUUAAUGUUUCCCUUUCUGUCAACAUCCAAACCUUCAAGGCAAUUUAGAGGGGAUAAAACCCCAAACCCUGAAGUGUUCUGCUCAUGUGAAGGUAUCUUAAUAAUCUGUGUUGUUCUGUCUUUUUUUAAUUACCAAAAAGAGAAAUCUUCCUAGAAAUGCAUUUAAGGAGAUAUUCUCAUUAUAGAGAAAAGUUUAACAGAGAAGCAUCUGUUAAUGCAGUGAGAGUUUUGCACAAGCUGAGAAUGGUGAAUGUAUGUGAAUUUUUUUUGGGGUAGAGUUAGUGUGUUCUGUCCCAAAUGAAGCAACUACUAGUGCAGAAUUUUGUGAGGAGAAAUUUCCUUCUGCUUUAGAUCACACUUGCUUUAUGCCAACAUCUCAAAUUUUAUGCUAUACGAAUAGAGUGAUGAGAUGAAAACAUUGACAAUUUCAACAUUUGUAGUACCAUGGGCCCCAAUACUUGGUACCACAUAUGAUGAAACUGCAUUCAUAUUAUAGUUUUGAGACCCAGAUACUAGUUAUAUUUAUGUCUCUUCCUCCACUCCUACACCCACUUAGGCAAAAUUGACUGUAUUUUGUGCUUAAGUGGUAUUUCAGACAUUAGCUUCUUUUUAUUUGCAUCAUAGAACAUUGAGGUUUAAAGCCAGGAGAAGCUAAGUGCAGUGACAAAGCAAAUACUUCUUAGGCUCGUGUUCUGAUUAAGUUAAUGAGGGAAAAGGAGGUCAUAUUUCAUAGAAAUAGGAAUCCCCCUUUCAUCAUUUGUCAUGUUCUCUCUACCUUUGCUGCUGCCCAACACAAGUAUUGUACGCACAGCCCCGGGAAUCCUGCGUCAUUGCAGUUCCGCAGCAUUAUCAAGACUCUGCUUCACUAAUGCUGUGGUGUGUCCUGUUUGAUAUGUCCUAUCCACAGUGAUCGCCAGAUGUGCUUUUCUAUCAUGAUAGAUAUCUGCAUGCUUGCUAUGCUUACUGUCUCUUACUCAAAUACACAUCACAGUGCCGUGUUGUUUGCAUGACAAAUACCAGAAUAUUAAAUUUUCAGGGCCACAGAAAAAGGCCUCACAUUGCAGAACAACAGGUUUGCAGAUUUCUUCCCCUGAUCCCACAAAAUUUUCCUUUGUUCCUUCUUGUCCUAGGAACAAAUUUAAACUAUAUUUGAGAAUUUCUAUGUCAACAUUGAUUAAACUGGAAAAAAACUAACAGUGUGUGUCAUGGAAGCCACAAUCAUUUUGUUGCACUGUUGAUUUAAACAAAGUGUGCAUUCAGUGAAAGUAUUCUGGGAAAAUCUCUUCUAGUUUAUGGUUAAGUCUGACUGUAUGGACUGUGCUUAAAGUUUUCAUGGAUCUUUUGUAUACUCACAUUCUCAAAUAUUUUUCUCUUAGCCUAUAUAGUAAUCCUGUUGCCAUUUACCAAUUAAAUGCUGAAAACUGCCAGUUUUACUUAAACCAGAAGAUGCUGAAUAAAGUUAAAUGCCACAUAGAAGGGGGUGCUUAAGGGCUUUCUAAUUUACAAUAUUAUUUCUGCAACAGCUGUAUAACUAAUAAUACAUUUACACCCAAUUAAUUAGUCACAUUACCUCAAACAAGCCCUCUUUCUUGCAACGGUGAGGGCACUCAGUAUGUUAUAAUCUUGACAAGUCAUCUGAGAAAAUGGUUUGUGUAAGAAUGAAAGUAAAGGUAUAUUGUCAGCCUAAAAAAAGUCAAGAAACGUGCCACCCCUAAAAGUCAAUGAAGAGCUUGACUUCCAGCAGUAUUAGAUUAAGAUCCAUGCACUGAAAACAAAUCAAUUCGUUUAUCAGUGUUGCCAUGUAUUACAGGCAUAUAGGAAACUGUGUAAAUGUUGAACGUAAUUUCACUGUUAUGCACUUUAUUUUUUGCAUUUCUUCUUGGAAAAUGAAAAUAAUUGUAAACGUUGUUUUCAAAUUCUAAUUUAUGCAGUUGUUUUAAGUUGCAAAUACUACAAGCUAUGUGAAAUUAUUCUCACUGGCAUUUAAAAGGAAUUACAACAUUUCUGUGAUCUUAGGCUUUGUACAAUUAUCUUUUCAAAAAAUCAAGAUAUCGGACCAGUCUGGAGUUAAUCAAACUCCUAGUGUCACACAAAGGAUAAUAAAGGAUAUGUUCUAAAUACAGAGGAGAAUAUGAAAUUGUAAUGCCUAGGGUAACUUUAUGGAUUAUAAAGUGCUAAGACCUUGUACUUGCAGUACAUCUAAGUAUCACAGUGCAUUCUAAGGAACAUUAGGAGCAGUGUUGCAAGUAUUGGGCCAUCCUUAUUUUUCCAAAGUCUCCAAAAAUAUAUAUAUUUUUUAAUGAGAGAGUAAUGUAUGUAAUAUUCUAUUAAAUUAGGUUACAAAUACCUCCUUAUGCAAGUGUUACUGUUAGAAAUUGUUACAUUUCCUUUUAAUAAACAAAAGGGACAAAAUCUUCUAUUCGUAUUUUUCAAAUAAAAUAUGCUCUUUGCUAUGGUGAUGGGUUAUUGUAUUCCUCAUCACAACUAGAACAACGGGUUAUUUUCUCCUCGUGACUAUAUUUUAUACUCACCAAAGUAAUAUAACCAUCUAAAGGCACGGUUAGAAUGAGAUGUGAUAUAGCAGUAUCAAUGAGGUCAAUGUCAGAAACAGUGUGGUAACUUUAAAUAGAUUUUAAUGCCUGGCAUAUUCACUCAGUUGUGUCACUGUUUCAAAGACUAUCUUACAAGAUUAUAACUACAGAUGGGUUGGGAGAGAGAGAGACACUGAGAGCUACUUUGCAGCAGACUGCACUGUAACUGCUAAAUAGUUCAUUACUUUUACUUGUGGCAACUACUGAAUCUGAAAUACAGCAUUUUAGGAUGAAUACAUUACCCACAUGAGUGAGUUAGGGAAUUACAUGUCUAUGAAUCCAGGUUGGUGGUAGUAGCCAAACGUGACACAGAAUAGAAGAGGAAAAGCAGGCAAGGACAUUCCUAUUGAUGCCCCUCAGGCAUGCGUGGUACCUGGGUACAUGAACCACUCCUCCUUUCUUGAGUAAAUGAACAGGCUUUACCAAUAUCUUAGAAAAUCCCAGUACCGUGGCUCACAAGCAGCUUGUUGCCUGUAAGACCCUCUUUCCCAGACUGGCAGAAUUCAAAAAUAAAGUUAAAGCUGACAGGAAAAGAAAAUACAAUUGCGUUAUAGUACCCUACUUGCUCUGCUUUAUUGCCUACAGGCCAAUUUAGAUUGGGUACCACUGUACUAUGCAAUUCUCACAUGUGCCUCUGCAUAGCCCAAGAAAAGCUUCUCAUGACAAGACAUCACUCAGCUGCAAGACAAGUACUGUUAGUCUGAAUCUGAAUGCAGGUUCAGGGGAGAAACCCGUGGUUUUUGAUUUGGUCCUAAUUUGAGGAGUUUUAACUUUUUAAAGAAUGUUCAUAAAGAUGUUGGAUCAUCUUUCAUGUCUUAGAUCCACUGGACCUUUUAGCAAAGCUAAAAGCUUUUUAUUAUCCUCUUACAUAGAUAGAUAUUAUCCUCUUAUACGAUUGUUAAAUUAAUUUUUAGGUUGCUGGAAUGGAAUGUAAAAAAAUGGGUUAUUUAUAUUUAGGUACAGAGAAUCUUUGAAAGCUAGAAAACUUUGCUUGCAAGUUUUUCUAGACUUUUUCUGUGGCCUUCAUGACUCUCUGUAGCACCUCAGUGUAAUUCUUUGCAAAGCUCUCACACAUCUCAACCUUUAAUGAACCGACAGAAAACCUGGAAGAGCCAGCAAACAGUCUUUCUACACUAGCUGCCUCUGAAUUUGCAUUUUUAGCUUUGGAAGUACAUGCACUAGAGCAUAUUAUAGUCUGGGCAGUUGGUAAUGGCAGAAACAUCAACCUGCAAAGCAACCUUCAAAAGAAAAAAGGCGUGUUGGGAUUAGGACUCCUGGAGGAUUGUAGGGCGCACAGUGUUUGAAGGGGAUUAGGUGCCUAGCCAACCCUUACCUGACAAAUCACUGAUUUUGAAACAAAUGAGAUUGCUCUUGGCUUUAUUAUGAAGGCUAUAUAUUGUUUAUUAUCUGAAUUAAUGUCCAUGUUCCAUACUCAAAAGCAAUUCUUUCCCAUCUCGGCUGGAAUGAGUCGAGAAAAAAGUGACUGAGGUAAAUUUCAGCCCUCUUUUGAAGUCUAAGGCACAACAUAGUUAACAACCUAUUUUUACAAUAGGAUUCAGGUGGAGCAGAAAGCAAAUACUGGUUGUGUCCAAAAAGUAAAAUUUACUAAGCAAUCUAUUUUUUGUUUGUUUAGGCCUGUUGAUUUAAAACAAAGCUUGAAAUGCAAAGAUGUAUGAAAAUAGGCACAUCUCGAUUAUGCCAUGAUGACUAUAUUUGGAUUUCUCAAAGAGAAAUAAAAAGCAGCUCAAGAUUUGUGCUAUUUGCAACUUUUUUGAACUUACUCUUUCUGACAAGACUUGUGAUUUCCAGUUAGUUUCAAUGGUUUGUGCUAGAUAAAUUUUCUCUCAGGAAAUGGUAACCUAGAGGAGAAUGAUGUGGAUAUUAAAAUCUUUUUAAUCUCUAGCUGCUAUAAUUGUUAAAAAAGAAAAAGACAAAAAAAAAAAAGAAAAGAAAAAAGCCUUUCUUCAUGAAAUGAAUUGGAUUAUCAGCUCUGAAAAGCAAAUUGCU